UUCUUAUCAGACGAUGCGAAGCACGCCAAGCAUUGGCUAGUCUAUCUAAUAAAACAAUAACCAGUUACUUAUCAGAACUCGUCAAAAGAAGUGUUCGUAUAGCAAGAGCGGUGUCAACCAUAAAGUUCAGAAAUUUUUGUGCUUGCAAACAGCGUUGGAAAAUGAGUGAAGAAUUAAGCACAACAAAAGUGGAGAAAGGGCCGCUCUUCGGCACCCGGCACUUGCAAUGUUUGCUAAUAUUUCUUGGCUUAUCGGUGACGCUGAUGCAACGCGUCAACCUUUCAGUAGCGAUUGUGCCAAUGAUGGAUAAGAAUUCAACCAAUCCGGACUUUGAGGAAUACCAGUGGUCGGAGAGGACGAAAUCCUAUUUGCUCAGCGCCUUCUUUUGGGGCUACUUUGUUACACAAAUACCGGGUAGUCAGUUGGCGCACCGAUUUGGUGGCAAAGUGAUGCUGUUUGGUAGCAUAUCCCUCAGCGCAGUGCUAGCGCUGCUCACGCCACUUAGCGCUCGUAUUGGUGAUUGGCAAUUACUGCUGGCGCUUCGCUUGACACAAGGACUCAUACAGGGUUGCAUAUUCUCUUCAAUACAUACCCUGCUUUCCAAAUGGGUGCCACCCGAAGAGCGCGGCACACUUGGCACAUUUUGCUACACUGGCCUCUCGUUUGGUACCGUUGUAAUGCUGUUGGUAAGCGGUUGGAUAGCUACAUCUCCACUUGGCUGGCCAGGCAUAUUCUAUUUCUCCGGCGUUGUCAGCCUGCUUUGGGCUCUGGUCUGGUACAUUUUAGGCGCUCGUUCACCCAGCGACUGUAAAUGGAUAUCGGUGGAAGAAAAAUUUAUGAUCGAGUCUACUUUGGGGACUUCCGCCAAGUCGCCGCAUGGGCAAGCACCUCUGAAAACACCAUGGAUUAAGAUACUCACAAGUGUGCCUUUUUGGAUAACACUGGCAGCGCAAAGCAGUUAUGGGUGGUGUUUUUAUACACUUCUCACACAAAUUCCAUCCUAUAUGAAUAGCAUUCUGGGACAGGAUAUCAAGAGCAAUGCGUUAAUGUCUGCACUGCCAUAUCUCGCCAAUAUGUGCCUAACAGUUGUCUUUUGUGCUCUGGCCAAUUUCCUCAUGAAACGUGGUUACACCAGUGUCUACGCUAGCCGAAAGCUGUUCAACACCAUAGGCUUAUGGGUGCCGGUAGCGCCGCUCAUUUUACUCGGCUAUAUGCGCGCCGAGCAAAGCCAAUUGGCGCUCGGCUUGCUGGUGAUAGCUGUUGGUGCAACCGCGGCAGCCUCUUUAGGUUUCCUCACCAAUCAUAUUGAUCUAUCGCCAAAUUUCGGUGGCAUAUUGAUGGGCGUGGGUGGUUUUGUAGCGAAUAUUAUGAGUAUGCUGUCACCACUAACAGUGGGCUUCAUAGUCACAGAUGCGAAAGAUGUACAUCAGUGGCGCGUGGUGUUCUAUAUUGUAGGUGGCAUCUGCUUUAUUGGCAAUCUAUUGUUUCUUCUGUUCGGUCAAACCGAGAUUCAAUCAUGGAACUAUCCCAAAACGCAAACGCAAAGGGAUCCCCGUGAUCAUAUUAAGUUUGAAAUGAUUAAUAUAAAAAGGGAAAUAGAAUAAAAUACUAAAUUAGUUAAGUGUAAUAUACAAACAUACUAUGUAUGUAUGUAUGUAUGUAUGUACUUCCAUGUGGAUUAAUAAAGAAUAUGUAUGUGUGUGAGUUUAGCACUCAAGGAACGACCUAACAAAGUCAUUGCUUACGUUUGGUAAGCGCUUCCUUUUGUAUCGAAUCAAGUAGUGCCCUACGAGUAACUACGAUUCUUCUAUUCUCUUACCUUACCGAUUACACGUGUAAGCAAUAAGUAAGCAGUUAUACUCCUUUUAGAUGACUUUCAAUGAUAUGUCAAUGUUUAUAUCAGGCGUAUCUUGAAGAUUUAAAAAUGGAAUAUGAAAAAAAAGUGUAAAUCCCAGGGGUCUCGUAGUAUUUUUCUGACAGGCAAAAAUCCAAAUAUAUAUGGUACAAAUACAAAGUUUACAGUUCUCAUCAGAGGCGUAACUAUGGGCUGCAAAGCUGGCAAAUUGCAACGGGCCAACGAACCGAGAGGG